ACUUAACUUGAUACCAAAGCCGUGUUUUUCUCUAAGUGGUGGUUGGCGGGUCUAGUCCCAUAGUAAACAUCAUUGUGGAUAUAGUGUAGAUAAAAGGUCAACCGUAAUCAGAGUCAACGAUGGUGUGAAACAAAUACAAUUACACAGUAUAUUCAUUCAUUUGGUUGAGAGUUGACACAAGUUUUGUAACAAAAAAAAAUGAAGCAGUUUCAAGUUUUGUAUACACUUAUCUUGAUUUUAAUAUCAACAGAAGCCAUUGAGUAUGCCAAGAAUGGAUGCAGAGAUGCUUGCGGGAACAUGGUGACAAUUCCAUACCCGUUUGGAAUCGGAGCAGAUUGUUCCGCCAACAAAUGGUACGUUGUUGACUGCAUCUCCUCCAGACCUUACCUCUCAGCAUUCAAGAAUAUGGAGGUGCUGGAGGUAAACUUGGAAGAACAGAAGGUGAUUGUUAAUGUCUCAGUCAUCUCUCGUUGCCAGAAUUCAGUCGCGAUUAGCAAUCACACCCCAGGCAUAGACCUUGGUGAGAGUCCCUUUUUAUUUUCUGGAUCAGAUAACAUGCUUAUCUUUGAGGGGUGUGGUUAUGCUGGUCUUUUGGGCGAUGGGGAAGUAUGCCCCGCGUGUUCAAAUACUUGCACCAAUUACAAUACCGAUCGAUUUGGUGGUUGCCAACUUAAAAUUUGCGGCAAUUUGAAGUCAUAUAGUAUAGAUGUUGAUGACUUCACGAAAGGGUCAGGUGGAGAUGAAUCUUGUGGCUCUGCCUUCAUGGGCAUCACACCAGUGGUUUUGGAUACCAUAUGGCGUUCUGGGUAUGAGUACCUGAACACGAGGAACCCCUCUUACUAUCCCAUAUCACUUUUGUGGUUCUUAACGAAGGACGACAUCCAUCAUGGAUUACACAAUUGUUGGGAACCAAAGAAUAAUGAAUCUUCACUGCAUUUGGCUCAUCUAAGAAAGUGUUCCUGUGGUGAGGGGCGUGUAGGGAACCCGUAUUUGCAGAAUCAAUGCGAAGUUUCGACUGAAGCUCUUAGUUUGGUCAAGAAAGGAUGCCAAGAAAGAUGUGGGGAGGUCGGGAUUCCAUUCCCUUUUGGAAUCGGAGAACAUUGUGCUUUGGACAAACGGUAUGUUGUUGAUUGUAACUCAUCAAUCCCAUAUCUGUCUGCAUUCAAAAACAUGGAGGUGAUGAAUGUAAGUUUGGAACAACAAACAAUCACGGUAAAUGCCUCAAUGAACCUUGAUUUCCAGAAACAGGUGAUAAAUAGUAGUGAAAUCUUACCCAGUACCAUAGACUUUGAUGACAGUGGAAGUCCCUUCCUAUUUUCCAGACUGCAUAACAUAUUCGUCGUUGUUGGAUGUGGAAAUGCUGUCAUCACGGAUGUAGAAGGGGCUACUGUCACCGGAUGCACAACAACUUGCACUAAUGACACUUUUGUAGACUUAAAGAACUGUUGUGGCAUCGGGUGUUGUCAAGCGACAAUUCCUUAUUAUCUCGAGAAUUUCACCUUGAAUUUAACACAGUUGGAAAAACAGGGUGGAGAUGAAACCCGUGGAUUUUCCUUCUUGGUAGAUAAGGAUUCAUUCGUUAAUAGAAACUUUUCUCUCCAAUCUAUUGGUAGGGAGCACUAUUAUGUUCCGAUAUCACUUUAUUGGCCGCUAACAUUCCUUUACGAGGAAGAUAUUCCAGCUUUUGAGCGCCCAGAGUGCACAGAUCUCGCGUUUCGCCUACAUGAUGGUUCAUUGGUGGGCUAUAGGAAAUGCCAGUGUAAUAUAUCACAAGAAGGAAACCCUUAUCUACCAAAGGGGUGCAGAAAACUUAAAGAGUGUAUAGAGUGUGAGCGUAAGGGGGGCGUUUGUAGCCGCGUCUUUAGUAGCAUAUACGAUGAUGUUACAUCGCAAAUCAUCUCAAAACUAUCUUGUGACAUGCACUAUGGCCGCAAAUCAUCAUUAGGAGUUAUUCUAGGUGUCAGCAUAAGCAUGGGAUUGGUUUUGCUAAUCGCGUCUAUCUAUACAUUGUACAAAAAAAUCAACAAAGUCAUAGUAAAGAGGCAGAAAGAAAAGUAUUUUAAACGCAAUGGUGGCCUACUUCUCAAACAACAACAAGAAAUAGAUGCAGGUUUAAUCGAUAAAACCAUACUUUUCACCUCAAAAGACUUGGAGAUGGCCACUGACAAUUAUAACGAGAACAGAAUCCUUGGACGAGGAGGUCAAGGUACGGUGUAUAAAGGCAUGUUAGCUGAUGGUAGAAUUGUAGCAGUCAAGAAGUCAAAGAUUGUUGAUGAGAACCAGUUAGAUCAGUUCAUCAAUGAGGUUGUCAUUCUGUCACAAGUCAAUCAUAGGAAUGUAGUCAAAUUAUUGGGAUGUUGCCUGGAGACUGAGGUUCCUCAACUUGUCUCAGAAUUUGUCCCAAAUGGCACCUUGUACAGCCUUAUUCAAGAUGAUACCGGUGAGUUCCCAUUCUCUUUGAACACGAGAUUACAAAUUGCUACCGAGGUUGCAGGAGCACUCUCUUACUUACAUUCAGCAACCUCCAUUCCGAUAUACCAUAGGGACAUCAAGACCACCAACAUUCUUUUGGAUGAAAAGUACAGGGCUAAGGUUUCUGACUUUGGAACUUCCAGAUUCGUAUCAAUAGAUCAAACUCACGUAACUACCUUAGUCAAAGGUACAUUUGGUUACCUUGAUCCGCAGUACUUCCAAUCCAGUCAGUUCACUGAGAAAAGUGAUGUCUACAGUUUUGGAGUUGUUUUGCUCGAACUUUUUACGAGAGAGAAGCCAAUUUCCUUGACUAAAUUUGGUGAACAUAGAAAUUUAGCGACAUAUUUUAUGUUUGCCAUGAAAGAAGGUCGUGUGAUGUCUAUUUUCGAUCAGGCGGUUGUUAAAGAGGAUUCAAAGGGUGUGCUCUUGACAAUAGCUAACUUGGCCAUGCGUUGUCUGAAUACCAAUGGAAAGCAGAGACCAUCAAUGAAAGAAGUAGCCAUGGAGUUGGAAGGCAUUAGAACGUCACAUGUGCCUUCUACUUCCACCGUUCAAACUAGUUUUGGUUGGGCAAAUCAUAAUGAAGAUCCACUUGUGUUUACAUAUAGCGAGUCGGCAUCAACAUCAACAAGUUUCAAAGACACAAUUCAUUAACUAUUUGAGGAGUUAUGUAUUAAGUAAGUGUUUAGUCAAGUGUUGAUUAGUUGAUUUCUCCCGAAUCAUACAUUCUGUUUGUAUACGUAGCAUACAUUUGUAAAAGAAUAUGGUAUAAGUUGCAUAUCUCUCUAAUGUUAAAUAAUGUUCAUUGCA